GAAACCGGCGGAAUCCUCGCGGAGAGAGGGGAGCGAGCCUCUGGACUUUCAACCGCCCAGCAUGUGAGCCGACGGUCGGCGUGAAGUUUAGCCGAAAAGCCCUGGAAAUACUGCCCGUUUCUGAGUCUGGAUUUUGGACUGAGCAACAGCUGAACGCGCUGGGGUUGUUUUAUGUAGAUUUUUUUUAAAUAGACGUGAGUUGAACUGCAGUUUUCCACGGAGUGUGAGUGAAGAGUGGACUGCUUGGAGUCACUUACAAAGAACAUUAAGAAGUCAUGACACGACGAACGUUUUACUUGGAUUUAUCUUCGUGAACUACAAGUGAAAAGUCGACACAAGCCGCUGAAACUCAAACAAAGUGGACUAAAAGUUAGGGCUGUCGACAUUUAUCGUGGAUUUUUCACCGUUUUCGGACGUUUUUAAGUCUCUGUACUUGGAUCAAAGUUUUUCUAUCCCACCCCCUCCUCCUCCUCUUCAGCUAUGGCGGCGGCCAGGUUCACCGCUGGCUCCGCGCUGCUGCGGAUCAUGUGGCUGCUGUGCGGGAUUUCUCUCUCACCCACUUCUUCUGCUCAGCAUCACAACAGCGAAAGUGGGAUAUCCGUCCCGGAGCACGGUUUCUGCCAGCCCAUCUCCAUCCCGCUCUGCACCGACAUCGCCUACAACCAGACCAUCAUGCCGAACCUCCUGGGCCACACCAACCAGGAGGACGCCGGGCUGGAGGUGCACCAGUUCUACCCGCUGGUGAAGGUCCAGUGCUCCCCGGAUCUCAAGUUCUUCCUGUGCUCCAUGUACGCCCCGGUUUGCACGGUGCUGGAGCAGGCCAUCCCGCCGUGUCGGUCGCUGUGUGAGCGGGCACGGCAGGGAUGUGAAGCCCUGAUGAAUAAAUUCGGCUUCCAGUGGCCGGACCGCCUCCGUUGCGAGGCUUUCCCCGUCCACGGAGGCGGGGAGAUCUGCGUGGGGCAGAACACAUCGGAACCCGGCAGCCCGUCUUCCUCCUCGUCUCCCCGCGCACCCGAACCCGUGACCCCUCCACCCAUAGGUGGUGGACAGCACACUCAUCGGAUCCCGCCCAACCAGUUCUCCUGCCCCCUACAGCUGGAGGUGCCGCCCUACCUGGGCUACAAAUUCAUGGGGGUCAGAGACUGCGGCGCCCCAUGCGAGCCCACAAAACCCAGCGGGAUCAUGUAUUUUCGAGAAGACGAGGUGAAGUUCGGAAGACUUUGGGUCGGGAUCUGGUCCAUACUGUGCUGCGUGAGCACUCUGUUCACAGUGCUCACCUAUUUAGUGGACAUGAGGAGGUUCAGGUACCCAGAGCGGCCCAUCAUCUUCCUGUCCGGCUGCUACUUCAUGGUGGCCGUGGCCUACGCUGCUGGGUUCUUUCUGGAGGACAAGGUAGUAUGCGUGGAUAAAUUCAAGGGGGAGGCCUAUAGGACUGUGGCUCAGGGUACCAAAAAGGAGGGCUGCACCAUCCUGUUCAUGGUGCUCUACUUCUUCGGCAUGGCCAGCUCCAUCUGGUGGGUCAUCCUGUCCCUGACUUGGUUCCUCUCCGCCGGAAUGAAAUGGGGUCACGAGGCAAUAGAGGCCAACUCCCAGUACUUCCACCUGGCCGCGUGGGCUGUCCCGGCCAUCAAAACCAUCACAAUCCUUGCAAUGGGCCAGGUGGACGGAGACGUCCUGACCGGAGUGUGCUUCGUGGGGAUCUUCAACGUGGAUGCCUUACGCGGUUUCGUACUAGCGCCGCUGUUCGUCUACCUGUUCAUCGGUACUUCCUUCCUGUUGGCUGGCUUCGUGUCGCUUUUCCGGAUCCGCACCAUCAUGAAACAUGACGGCACCAAAACGGAGAAGCUGGAGAAGCUGAUGGUUCGGAUCGGGGUGUUCAGCGUCCUCUACACGGUUCCGGCCACCAUCGUGAUUGCCUGUUAUUUCUACGAGCAGGCCUUCAGGGAGCAAUGGGAGCGCACCUGGCACAUGCACACCUGCAAGCGCUUCGCCGUCCCCUGCCCGGUCCACAACUUCGCCCCCAUGACCCCGGACUUCACCGUGUUCAUGAUCAAAUAUCUGAUGACCAUGAUCGUCGGCAUAACUUCCGGUUUCUGGGUCUGGUCCGGGAAGACCCUCCAGUCCUGGCGGAGUUUCUACAAGCGUCUCAGCAACGGGAACCACGGAGAGACGACGGUGUGAGGGCGAAACAUGCGUGAAAAUGAGGUCAAAAAGCUUUCAUUUCAUUAAUCCUAGUUGGAUUUUUAUUUUUUUUAAACUGAGUUAAAGUGUUUUACUGUUGUGGCAGAAGCACACAACACCUUUAAGGAAGUUGGACAACCUUCCAAUAUAUUCACUAACUCCCCCGUUCCCCAUUUUGUCAAAGAAAUCAUGACUUUUGUAUUCUUGGACCAUAAACUGCUAUAAAAUGGCCAUGCAAAGACUUAACCCUUUAUAUAUACAUAUAUAUUCCUUUGUUACAAUUUGAAUGUACUCCCUAUUCGCCCUUGAGUUUGUCAGUGGACUGUGCGAGAAAAACAAUGAGAUAAAAUAAUUUCAUUCAUUCAUUAGGGAAAUUACUGCAAAGCUUUAAUUGAUGUUAGAGUUUGCAGGGUACAAUCUCUUCUGCUUUAAAUGGGAGGAAUAGUUAAUCACCAUGUUUAUGUGCCAAGUGGCUGCCUAGAUUUUCCUCUUUUUUUAAUCUUCUGACUGAUGAAUAUUCACUUCUGUUUUGAAUGUUCACUCCGAAGUUGAAUGAAGUUAUGUACUGGUUUGCACAGUGAUCGUAAAUGUAAAAAAAAAAGACUGUUACACCACAGAUUGACCUGGAUUUUGCUUUUUUAAUUUUUUUUAUUUUUAAAGGCCACACACACAUGCUUACAGAAACCUGGAGACACAACGGCUCAUUGUUAGUCUCUGUGUGUGGUCUCUCUACUUUUGGAUUACCCAUCAAAAAAGCUUUUUUUCCCCCCUCUUUAAAGCCUUUAAGGCACCCAAAGCACCAUUUCAGUGAUCCAGAUUUAAUCCAUGGGAGUGCAAAUGGUUGUUCUGGAGCUCUAAUGUUAUUUUAUCCGGGAUAAAAUUGUACUCUGAGUUAGCACCUGCAUUCUGCUUGGUGUAACUUGCCUUAUUUUUCUUUUAAUUUCAUGAAGUGUUACAUUCUUGCAAGCCGACUGAACAUUUUUAGAUGUUUUUUUUACUUGUUUUUACUUGUCUGUUUUUUUUUUUUUACAGAAGCUUAAAAAUCUGAGAAGUUGCAUGUUGUUUCUGUGUUAGAAGGAGGUCAAAUAGAAGAGUUUGUUACUGAGGAGAGGGUUGUUUUAGGAAAUAAAAAAACUGGUUUACCAGAUUGUGAGAAAAGAAAGUUAAGGUUGUGUUGUACCUGACUUUUAAUCAUGAUGAUUUCCUAGUUUUUUUGAUACAGGAUUGUAUAGAAAUAACACUUUAUUUUAGGCUUAAACCUGAGUUUAAUUGCUUUUAGUUAAAGUGAGACGACUCCUGUUGAAUGUCUUUGUCUUAUCUUGAUUAGGAGAAGUAAUUACCGGAGUCGACUUGACGCUUGCAGCAUUUAAAACAAGUGACUUCGUCAUUCAGACUAAACAAAGAAAUUAGUGGCGUUUUGUCAGGAGUCAGCUGAAACCGCCUGCUUCUCGUCUUGUAGCACAUUUUCACAAACAAUGAGAGCAAGUCAGCAGUUUGACCUUCGCGGUUAUUUAAAUUCCUAAACAUGCCCUGUUGUUCUUUAUGUAUAUCUCACUAAAAUUGUGCAUACUUCGUACUUCAUGCUGUAUUUAAAGGCAGUUUGUAUAUACCAUGCUGUUUUCUUCUUCUCCUCCUCACAUGGAUGUACUACAUACCUCAAGACCUGGUUAAGUUCUGCUCAACAGAAAAAUGUCACUUCAUGCAUUUUUACCAAACAAAGCAAAGUGAUUCUGUUAUUGCUACCAGACUGACACGUUUAGUUUGUUCUGUUUGCAGAAGGAAAAUUAGUUUUUUUGUGUUUUCAGAACAUAUGCAAACCAGCCAGCAAACAGAGACUCUUGAUUUUUAAAUGCAUAUUGUAUUUAAGGGGGGG